UAACUAAUGAUAGAAGUUUUGAGUGACUACUUCUGACAGAUAAAUAUAAUUAGUUAUUAUUGACCAACAGCCAUAUCUUCACUGCCACGUGUGAUUGAUGAAUUAUAAAACUGACCAUUGUGGGUCAGGAUCAGUGGGUGACUCUCAAUCUCGACCUCUUUUCAUCUUAACGCCUUAAUUUAUUCUCUUCAUUCCCUGAAAAGUCGAUAUCCCAGCUUCCUUGGCUGGAGCUCCUCAGAACGUCAGUGUGGCGUUCAGGGACGUACUGCUGAAUCAACAGCAGCUCGGUCCAACACCCCUCCACCCACAAACCCCACGUCCGCAGUGUGUUAAAACUGGUCCACGCUGCUGUCUAACCUCUGCUCGGGGGAAUUCGUUUCCCACUUCAAGGCCGUGAUGAAGACACACACACACACACACACACACCUGAGCAGCAGAAAAUCCUGAGAGUCUGCAAUUUUUCGUUCUGCCUCGUCUGCAAUGGUACUCUCUUUGUUGAUUACUGUGUAGAUUUGUGUUUUCAUAGUAGGUGAGAAAAUCUUACUCCAUAAAACAACUCAACACCACAACUUUCUAGUGGCCUUUGGCGUCUUUUAUCAUUUCGAUGGCUGUUUAACUAGUAACCAUUAGCUAUUUCUGGGCUAAUAUUUAGCUAAAGUUAUCUUUACUGUAAGUUGUACCUUUAUUAGCUUAAAUGUCAUAUUGGUCUAUUUAAGGGUUAUCAGUUGCUUAUGCUGCUAUAAGCUACAGUAUAUUUGCGAAUUUUUAGCCAGUUUGUCAUCAACCGUUAGUUAAGUUUUAUAAUAUGACGUUAUUUCUGCGUAACAUCUAGCUAUUAGCUCUAAGAUAAUCUUAUUAUAUAUAGUUUUAAACAGUUAGCAGUUUGUCAUUACUUGAGAGAGAGAGAGAGAGAGAGAGAGAGAGAGAGUUAGGUUUUCCAUCACUGUGCGUCUUUCUCAGCCCAUUAGUUCAGUUGUACUCUGAUCUAAAGGUGAGGAAAUCUCCCCCCACCCCCCGCCUCCCCUUUCCACUUGGCUGAUGUAUUUUUAUUUUGUUUUUUAAAGAUGACAUUACAGUGAUUCAACUUCUCAGCAUUUGCAUGGCCCCAUCCAUUUAUACCAUAUAGCCACAACCACUGAAUGAAAUGCAGCCCUAAACCAAGACAGAGCCGUCAGCGUAUUUCUCUCAGGAGUUCCACACAGAUCCUACGUAUUCCUAAUUUUAGGGAUGAUUGUUUUUUCCAGGUGACUGAUCUUGUCUAUUAACAUAAAAUAAUGUUAGCUGUUAGCUUUGUUUCUUCCCAAAUGUUCUAACGUUAUACUGAAUUGUCCAACACCAAAUAAGACGUCAUCGGUGGGUUAACAUCAGUUAAUGCUAAAAAGGAAAACACGUCUCCAACGGAGCAGGGCCAGUUAGCUUUGACAUCUGUGUCCUCCAAAGAAGUCCCAGUACUUUUAUUUAGAACACAGUCCCUGCAGGGGAGGCAUAUAGCACUCCUGGCACUACCUCAAGUUUCUGGUACCAUUUCCAGUGUUUAAAGAUGUCUCUUAAAGAUGAUGAGCUCCUCUGUGAUUUUCAGCAGACCAGAGUCCAGUGGUGGUUCUCUGUCUCUCUCUUCACACACAAAGUAUGUCAUAAAAGAGUGAUUUCUGCCCCCUCAUGGAUUUGUGUGGGGGCAACAGCAGCACAGUCAGCUGCAGCUCUGACAGGGAGGGAGCCAGGGCUGGCCACCCAGCUCAAGCUUCUUAUUAUGGCACCACAGGGCUUUGGCCACACUGCAGCUGCCACCAUGAUGAAGGAGUGUCUCCAGUUCCUCAUUGAACCGGCCAAAAAGCUCAAGAUCCGACUCAAGGAGUCACGUAAAAAAGUCAGACAUGAGAAGAAGGAGCCGCUGCAGGAGAGUCAGCUAUUCAUCAUGGAAUUAGCUCGAGAACUCAACAAAAUCUGCCAGAGGUCAAACAUCCUGGCCCACAUCUGGACCAAUGAAGACAUCUGGCCUGCCAGCAUGUGUCGGGACUUUAUCAUGGAAUGGGCUGCAGUCAUAGAGAAAAGAGUCCAGCCAAGAAUCAUCACAUCUGGCCUGCAGUACAACAAGCCGGAGAAGAAAGACUGGAAAGGUCACCUCCUCUGUAUACUGGAGACCGGAGGAGAGCACGACAUGGGACCUCCCAAAAGGGUCAUCAUGGACUGGGCACGAGAGAUUAAAAGCAGGCCUGAGCCCACUGUUUGGCCUGGUGAGCCCGUGCUCAUGGUUCUGGAUGACCUGGAGUUCCAGUGGAAGAGGGGACGUCUCCCCAACCUUCUUCACGCCAUGGAGCUGGUCAUGCUGGUGGUCUUGAACGCCGAGGCCCCAGUUCAGGUGGACGUGACAAAACAGUGGCUGGUGUGGAAGCAGAGGAAUCAGAGGACUGAUGCUGUUCGCUACAUCCCUCAUGGUGUGUGGAACUGGAUCUGCGAGGCUGCAGAGGACGUCAUUCUGGACACAGACUCAGCCAAUCCAGACCUGCUCAUCUCACCUGAGGAAAAGCGCAUGCGCUGUGGCCUGGACCGCCGUGAAGCCCCUUGGUGUCGACAGCGCUUCAGCGGCUGGUGGUGCGCUGUGGGCCAGGAAGGCUACACCUCUGGACGUCACUACUGGGAGGUGGAGGUGGGGGAUCGGGACUGGAGGCUGGGGGUGGCGAAGGCAUCUGCCAUAAGGAAUGGCUUCCGUUCCCUCAACACAGACACAGGUUACCUGAGCCUGCGACUGGAGAGGGGGAUGGAGUUGAAGGCUCUGACCGUGCCCACCUCACCACUGCCUCCCAGCCUGGUGCCCAGGAAGGUCGGGGUGUAUUUGGACUAUGAGCAGGGUCAGCUGUCCUUCUACGACGUGGAGAAGCGGUCUCACAUCUACACCUUCAAUGAGACGUUCAAAGAGAAAGUGUUCCCACUGUUUGGGACAGUGGAGGUGGUUAAAGAUCUGGUGAUCAGGCCUGCAGAUGUCCGACAGCCGUGUCUGUGCACCGGGCCCUGCCUCUGGACCUGAUCGGCUCGUCUGAACCAAACCACAGCCCAGCCAGCAUGUCUUUAUGAGCCCCGCCAUGUUUGAGCGACAUGAGUACAAAGACAAAUGCUAAUUGACUUUGUCCCAAUUUGUGGUCCGCAGCUCACGUAGGCUGCAUUUGUCAGUCUCUGAAGAUAACAUGACCUGUCCCACUUUAUCACAGAAUGCAGCCUCACCUUUGCCCACAGCUGCUUUAAAGGAAGUGCAAUGUAAACAGCAGAUUCUGAUGCCAUUUAGAUGAAAAUAAGCACUAAAUGCAUGGCACCAAUUAGUGGACGCAGUGUUUGGCAGAUGUUGUCAGAUGUUGUCAGAAGUUGAGGAUUAUGAUUUCCGGACUUCAUCGAUAGAAUUCAUGGUCCGAUUAAUAAAUCCUGAUCCCAUUUGGAAGAAAAUAAGUGAUAAAGCAUGGCAAACAAGUACGUGCUUUUUCCUUAGAAGCAUUUCAUUCCAUUUAAAUACACAUUUUACUUCUCUCGUCUUAGAGCUUCUUCAUUUCUGACGAAUGGAAACUCCAGGUUUGUAGUUAAACACCUGAUUAAUGACUGUUUAUGGAUAAAGUACAGUUAUAAACACAGGACGCCUCCUAGAUGAGAGGUAUAAAAGUCAAACAAGAAAAUCCAUCUUCUUAUUUCUUAACUUCUAAAAACGCUAACAUUUAUUCCAAUUACUGUUCUGUGUUUUAUAACACGGGAUGCUGCUGGUCAAAUCAUCCCUUAUCUUUAAAACACGUCUCUAUUCUGCAUUUAGAACCCAGGUUUGUUUGUCCUCCAGACUCUAGGUUCUACAUCCUUUCCUUUUUCGAAAACAGAAGACAGAUUUGAUGCAUGUUUCAACGUGAAUCCUUUCUGUGUCGGGGCAUGAGCUGCUCUCACUCCCUGUGUUUUGUUUUGACAGCUUUGGUUUUUGCAUGCUGGAUCAAUUAUUUAUGAUUCUAAAUCUAAAUAAAUAAAUAUACCUUCAUUGACGACUGUUCCUGGACUUUUACACAUCAAUUUGUACAGAUUCCUUUUUUAGUAAAAGAGAAAAUGUUUAUUUCAAAAUACUUAAGUGCAACAGAACAAAGCGACAAGACAAUGGUCGACCGUAAAGGCCCGGUUUGUCAAAUUCAAAAUUAAUUACUUCCCCUUUCAUAUUUUACUACCAUUUUUUAAAAACCAGUUUGUUGCAAUUUCUUACCUCUAGAUGGUGCUAAAUUCAACACACUGGUCACUUCAGUGAACAAAGUGCAGAACGUUUUGUAUUUUUGGUGUAAAAGUGGUUCCACUUGUCUGUGCUGCAUCUUCUUGAUCAAAAUAUUUCAUCACAACACACACAAAAAACAAGCCCAGAAAGCAGUAGAACAUGCAUGUAUGCAGAUACAAUCAUCCUGUCUGUACAAAACCAAGAUGUCUUUAAAAUGUUAACUUUAUGGCCAAAAUGUAAAUUGCAAAAGGAAACAUUAGCUGGUAGUGGGGUGGAAUCUCAGAGAAUCGAAUCGUCUGUUUAAGGCGACGUUUCUCUUGUAUUAUUAUUCAAAAACCAAGUGUUAGUUCUUUUAAGGUUAACGUGAUAUAUUUUUUUAAAGUGUAUUUAACACCUGAAGAUAACUUCACCACACUUUAAUACAAUACAUAUCUAUGCACAAAUACAGCAACGUAAUAUAUUUUGUUAUUCAGAACUGGGCCACAUUAGUCAGAAUGCAGCUUUUACAGCCAUAGAUUGUUUAUAAGAAGUGGAAUUAGCUUAAGAAUAGAUCAACAGUAGCCAUGUUUGAAUUUAUGGGUAACUGAGGAAAGACUGACAGAUGAAGGACAGAUACCAGUAGGAACGGUCAAGUUUGGAGUACUGACCUUGCUUAAGCCCCACUGUGUGUUUUUACCAGAUUGACCAACUGAUGUAAGAAAAGAAACAAAACAAAAAACAAAAAUAGAAAUUGAACUUUCACAAACAACAAUAAGUGACGUGGAUGUUGAUUUAAACCUUGUGGACAGUAACAGACAUAAAUCUACAACACCUCCUGCUUUAUUUACACUUUUCAUGGCAUUUUCUGGUUUUUGGCUGCAAACUCUCAUAUAAAAAAUACACUCACUGCGGUCGAGAGUAAAAAAAAA